CGAAGGUCAAUAUGGAGAUGAUCGAUUUGAAAGUUUUCCGAUAGUACUGCAAUUUUUUUUUUGCAAGCUUUGAGGUGAGGGUUUAACUGUUAAAAUAUUUUCGAUUGAAGAUUAAUAAGAGGAAACGAGAGCAACAGAACCAGUGUCGUCAUCAUCUAUACUCGUAACAACCAAUUAGGUACUUGACUUUGCUUCUACUUCUGAAACCCUAGAUUUGGUAGGUCAUGACAGUGCCCAAUUCGCCAUUAAUCAAGUAAGCAAGACCAGAUAAUGGGGUUUUGCCUGGCUUGCUUUACUGGUCAAAGCAAGAAGGAGAGAGAGGAGGAAGAUCGUGUACAAUCCUCUCAAGCCCGAGCCAUGGCUGCCGAAGCAGCUCAAAAAAGGCAAGAGCAAUUCGAGAAAUCCGCUGCAGGAAGAGCUGCCCGUGCCCAAAUGGCGGCAGCUGCAAAGCAGUCUAAUGUUCCUAACAACAAAGGUGGACCUGUACUCCAGUGGCAGAUGGGAUGAUGAGCUCUGUCACUUUCUCCAGGUAAUUAACAUAGUGCGGGAAUUGGGGAAUCCUGGACGUCGGUUGUCAAAGGCAAAGUUGAUUGAAUCAAUAAUGGUUUCUGUUUUGGUGAACCGUAGCCAUCGUUACAAGGCUGUAUAGUGGUCCUUUGAUUAUUGUAAUCUAAAGCACAAUAGACUGUCAUACACCUGUACAGAUUUGAUUCCUAUAAUAAUUUAGAAGAUCCCUUCUUGUGUGUGUUAGUGCUUA